AACCCCCCCUCCUCGCUUCCUUUCUGAAUCAAUCGACCGUCCCAUCGUUGCUGCAAUGCCAGGAUCGACGAAACGAAAACACAGGUCCAGUUUUACAGAUGUGGAACUGCCCAUCGCGCUGAGCGCCCUCCGGAAUCUGGCUAAGAAACUCCGGCAAGAAAUGGAGGAUGGAAAGGAGGAGUUGGGUGAGGGGACAGAGUUGGACAAGGAGGCAGAGGGCACAAUUAUCGCACAGAUCAAAGGACUGAAGGCGCUCCUGCAAGCAAACACUGACGGGCCACAGAUGGGGGAGGACGAGGAGGAGGACGACCUUCUGGACAAGAUGGGCAUACGAUGUAACGGUACGCUCAAGGUGAAGGACGAUGCCCCUACCCGCGGGGCCAUGACGGACGCUCUCGGAGAGAAUUCGCUCUGGUCGGCGAACACGCUCUUUGCCCAUCUUUGUAUGCUUGAAACGCUUGUUCCGCAAUCUAGCGAAGGCGCCGUACGUCACUGGACCAACGCCUUCUUUUACCGUGUCUCCAGCAUGGUACCUGAAGGCUUCAAGAUGGUUUUAUGCAUGGAACAAGUUGCCCCUGCUGUCACCCUCUCGGACAGGAGCCCACACACAGAGUCAGGCUUUGUUGAUUAUGCAGUCGUAGUGAUGCCCCAGGAACAGCACUUCCAUUUCUUACGGCGACCUAUCCUGCGGCCCGACGAUUCUGUGCUGUUGGUAUCGGAAGCCAAGUACUGGGGUAAUACUGACCUCAACAAACACAUUCCUCAUACCAUCGUUGAGAUGCAUGGAUACGCAAGACGUGCAGAGAAAAAGAUGGUCAGGGGUGUUGUGACGAAUGGGUUUAAAUGGAUAUUCCUCAUCCUCACCCUGAACGAUGACGGAACCGCUACCUAUGUCCAGUCCUCUGAGAUCACAUACGCAAAGUUAACGGCCCGACCCUCCAAGGAGGGUGUUUCCAUGAUCUCUGCGAUUCUCACUCAUUGGGCUGUGCAUAGCCACGAGCCGUUCAAUGGGGACACUGAUAAGUUCUUCCUGACUACCAACUAG